AUGAUGAAGAACUACACCGCACUACUAGCUCUCUCAGCAAUUGGAGUAUGCGCUCAUGGCGAAGAGGCGAGCACAGAGAUGGGCCCAGCUGCCUUUUUGUGGCCACCCGAUCGUCUCUGGGGUGCAGCAUAUGACAACAGCGCCCCGUGUGGCUCAUCAACUGGGGCCGUGAACCGAACAAACUUUCCACUGAUCAACGGCAAACUCGCACUUGUACUCCAGGACGAGUCAUGGAAUGUACAGGUUGCGAUCUCUCACAAAAGCAGUAAGAUAGCACGAUCAUUCUCAUCUAUCCUGACUAACUCUCUCUCUCUCUCUCUCUCUCUCUUAGACCCAACUACCAAUGCCGAUUUCGAGCCCUUCAUUGACGGCUCGAGCCUUUCCGAUGUCGAGCCAGGACAUGAAUGCUACUCCGUCCCCAACCCAUCUGUUGAUGUGGAAGAGGGAGCGAACGCUACUUUCCAGAUCAAAUACACCUCGGAUUUCGAUGCCGACAAAAAUGAAACCUAUUACGCAUGCGCAGACGUCACUUACGUUGCGGCGAGCAAGUUCACCUACCAAGUCCCUUGUUUUAAUGUGACAACAGACGAGUUCGCCGAGGUGACGACCACGGCCGCCGCCAGCUCUACUGCCACUGCAAAGUCGGAUACAUCCAAGAAUACCAGUACCACGAGCGAAAAGAAUUCUGGUAUUUCAGGGGGCGCUAUUGCGGGCAUUGUGGUUGGGUCAGUGGCUGGAUUGGCUAUUGGGCUUGCCUUGCUGUUCUUCUAUAGAAGACUUCUGCAGAAGUAUCGCUUCUUCCGACAGAAGGCAUCCACUCGGAAUGUGGACUGGAGUGAGGAGGCUGCUAAUCACAAAAUGGAGGAUGAGACUUCGAUUGGGCUUCGCAAGAUUAGAUGA